AACCAAUCAACGGUCGCGGCUCUAUAUUCGAACGUCAGCUCGCGGAGGAGAGCAGAGAGUCGGAUAUAGAUAUAGUGUGUUAAAAUCACGGUUUAAAUGGGUUAUAAUGCGCUUUAACUUUAGUAACUAACGCGUUUUGUUACACACCAAAAGCUUGGCGAUAUCCACGUGUCGGUAAAAUACAUGUUACGUUGUUUUCUAUGACGCUGGACUGCAUCUACUGAAGAUUACUGGCAUGCUAACCUAGCUAGCACGUUAGCUCAGUGGUUUGUUUUGCUGAGGUGUUCAGCAGCUGUUGAUAAGUUGGAUAACGUGGAUAACUAAUCAAACCUCCUGAGCCAUGGUGAAAGAACGGAUCCAGAAGAAGUCCUUCCAGCAGAGUCUGGAGGACAUAAAGGAGAGGAUGAAGGAGAAGAGGAACAAGCGGCUGGAUCGGGCUUCAUCUUCCAGCAAAGGACGGUCCAAAAUGAUAAACAACAGCAGCAGUGUGGUUAACUCCAUUCACACCAUCCUGAAGGGUGUCCAGCUGAACAACAAGGAACUGGCUGUAACCCUGCAAGCUGAAAAGGAAAAAGGGAGACAUGCCAAUGCAGUGAUCCUGCAGCUGAAAAGGGAGCAACAGGCGCUGUUCCUUCACCUACUUCUGCUCAAGAAGAAGCUCAAAGAGCAGGAAGCUCUGGCAGUCAGUGCUACAGAGACUAAACCUCCAAACAUCCUUGUUGAACCCAAACACCAUGUGGAUUCGGCAAGGAGAAAGCGGACCAGCCAGAACCUUGAUAAGCCCAUUGAGUGCAAAGCCUCACCAAUUUGUACAGACCCCCAGCCUUCUGAAAAGAAUGCACAAUCUGACCAGCAGCUUGCCCUGCCAUCUACAGUGGGUGUGAGGCGUCGCAAUGCAGAUAGAAGAAGCAGGAGGAGGUCUGAGCGUGUGCAAGAAAUGAAGUCGCUGAGUGAGGGGAACCCCAUCGCAGGCUUGGGUACUUUGCUCACAAGUCCUAUUCGUAGUGACGGUGAAAAUACGAAUCAGCCACAGCGAGGAGCAGAACCAGAUUUAGCGGACCCCGUCGACACUGAGGAGUUUCAGCAUUCUACUCCUGAACCUGUCCCACCCAAAAAUAACAACAACAUCCAACAGCAGCCCAGCAGAAAAAAAGCCCAGCAGCAGCCCCGCAGCAAACCAGAACCUGCUGCAAAGAAAGCAGAGAGAGGCCGCAAACCAGACCGUGUCCCAUUAAAGAAACCUUGGGAGAAUCCAAAACCCAGAGCUCGCUCCAAGAGUCGGGACCGGUCAGCCACACGGGCUUCUAAAACAGCCCCUCUGUCACAAGGGAAUAAGCUCAAUACCUCACUGGGAUUUAAUGACACGUUUGACUUUGACUGUGAAGAGGCUGUUCACGUCACACCGUUCAAGGCCAAGGCAGAGGACAAUCAGUCGUCCACGCCCUUCACUGAAGAAAUUCCACAAGCUGAAGCUUCACCUGUGGUUUCCAAAUCAAUUGAAUCCAGCUCGUCAUCAUCACCUUCUGAAUCGGAGGACAGCCUUUAUGUCCCUCAGAAGAGCAGACGGAGACAGACUUCCCCUGACAAGGCCAAAGUGAUCACAACUCGUAGAGGCCGGCCCUCUAAAGUCGUCAGACAGAAAGAAAACAUCCCUCCUAAACAGGAGAUCUCUGUCUUUAGAGAUGAGGCUGUAGAGCCUGAAAAGGAAGAAGCUCGUCACUCCUCUGACUUUAGCUUCUCUAACAGCCCUGACCCAGCGAUUUUGAGACAGGAAAAUCACCAAGAGCCUCAAAGAGGGGUUAUUGAGAAGGAUUGUUUGCUGCCUGUCAGCCCUCUGGUUGAAGUGGAGAUGAUGAGAAUAGACAGCGUCCUGUCCAAUUUCGGAGAUUCCUCCGGUGAAGCUCCUCCUCCUUUACCCCACAAAACGCCCCAGAGGGUCAAGACGAGCAAAAAACGUGGGCUUGGUGUAAGGACAGCUGGGCGGGGCUUGAGUCUGUGUGAUGUGACCAAUAUGUCCCCUGCAGCCUAUCGCAAAUUCUCCCAUGGUGGCUCACGGCCCUCAGAUGCCCGAUGCUCCACCCCUGUUCCUGCUCGCAAGCGGCGCUGCACCAUGGUGGUGGACUACAAGGAACCCACGCUAAACGCGAAACUUAGGCGUGGAGACAAGUUCACAGACUUGCAGUUCCUCCGCUCCCCUAUUUUCAAGCAGAAGUCUGGAAGGAGGUCUGUACAGAAAUCAAGGAGCUCUACUAGCAGCCAGCAGCCAUUUGAGAAAUACAAUGAGUCAUUUGUUGGCUGUCGCUGAAGGCAGCUACGAUGGCCCUGUUCGGACCUGGCAUUAACAGUGAGUGAUCAAAACACAAGUGGACAGCUUUAAGUACGUCUGUUCACACCUGGCAUUAGAAUGCGUCUCCACAUGCGUCUUCAGUGACCACUUGUGAUCCGAUCUCACUUCCCCGCUCUAUAUGCAAAUAAACACGUAGUAAACACACGGCUAAUAGAGCAGACGUUGUGACAUAAUACGGGUGUUAGCUCCGUACAAAUUUAGAUUAUUAAGAGCAAAAAGGCUGUUUCCAUGCCGCGAGGCAGACAAGUGCUCGCGACUGCCUGUCUAUUCACAUGAGGAGCACAGAGACCCGUGGAUCCCAGCGGGACGUCAGUUGAGCAGGGAGAGAUCGUUCACACCUGUACUUAGAGCUGUCCACUUGUGAUCCGAUCACUGAGGACUCUCUUAAUACCAGGUCUGAAUAUGGCCCUUGUUGAGUAUUGGCUGGCCUUGUCAGUUUUAAUGUGAUUUCUUAGUUUUGACAGUAUCACUCUCACGGUUGUAUUUCUUUAUGUGAUGACCAACUGUGAUCAGUUUUUUAUCUUAUUUUUUUUACUUUCUUCUCUCUUGCAUUUCUCCUCGUUAUCUCUAGCUAUAUGUAUUAAUUACUAUUUUAUGAACAUGGCCAGAUUUUCCAAUUCUAUCCUGACUUAGUGCAUAUUAUUGUCGUCUCAUAAAUUUGUAUCUGUUUCCUUAAUCAUAUAUUCUAUGACAAUAAAUUUCUUUAUUGCAAGU